AUUAGUUUUGGGUCUGUCUGCCAUCAUGAACACAUCUCUCCCUUCAGGUCCUGCAUCUCCAGAGUCCCAGAGAAACAGAGAGGACUUUUCUGCUUCGCUAGACAAACUACGGCAGCUGAUAGAAGACAAAGUUCACGUCCUACAAUCCCCCUUCGCUGAGGAGCAACAGGGUUUGGUGUGUGAGGAGAGCACAGGUAGAGGAGGACUGUGGAGGUUUGCCAUUUUGAGCGAGGAGCUGACCUUUCACCUCAAGCAGCUGCAGAGACAGACAGAGCAGGAGCUUUGCAACAUACACACACAACUCUUGCAGAUCGAAGGCCGCCAGCAGCCGCUGACCACUGAGCUUCUAAAUCUUCAGGAGAAGAAGAAACAGACCGAGCAAGAGCUAAAGAGGAACUCCAGUCUUCAGGCGUCCACUUUUCAGCUGUGUGCAUUUCGAGAGCUACAGGCCUCCAUCACCGAGCGUUUGCUCCAAUCAGAGAAGUUGGUGUUCCAAGAAGAGGCACUGAUCACACUCCGUAACCUGCUGACCCAAGACCUGCACCGGUACCAGGAAGAGACGCAGAGACUCACCUGUUUCACACAGAAGAUAUUAAAACAGUCCAACAGAGGGGAAGCGUUCACCAGCAGACAGAGUGACCACAGCAUGCAGGGAAAGAACGAGACAGAAACAGAAAACAACAUGCAUUCACCCGAUUCCACUUCAUCCCAGUCACCAAUUAGUCCUCACCAAACCACCAAUGAAGAAGAGGCAAAGCAGGCCUGGAGUGCCAAUCAUAAGAAACCAGCUGCAGGUCUGUCCCGUGGUACAAACCUGCGCCGAGCCGGCAGCGUCAAAGACCUGAUCAAUAAGUUCUCUGGUUCGGAUGCCCCACAGAGCCCCACCUCUGGAGCAGGGAAAGUCGCAAAGUCUCCUUCUGCAGAGGCUCUUGAGUCUCCAAAGUCUAGGUCGAGUCCAUCCACACCAAUUAGUGUCGGACAAGAUGAGGGUCUAGUUCCCAGCAUCACUGUGACGCCUCCGUUCAGGGAGACCGGUCAGAAUGUGGCUCGAUCCGCUCAGAGAAGCACCAGUACUAGUCAGAUCACUGCGAGAAUUGAUUGUCCAGUAGGAAGCAGCGCUGAGAAGACUGACUCAGAAGCAAAGAACAAAACGCAAACCCCAGUCUCUGGUAGAGACUCGGUGGCUGACUCCGGCAUGGGAUCGGAGUCUGAGUUUGAUUCAAACAAGCAGCCCGACAGCCCGUCUGAGGAUGAGCCCACCACACCCCGAGCCGUGCCACCCACCCAGAACCCGAAAUAUCAGCUGUUCCUCAACAAGGAGCCCAAAACCAACGGGUUGAGCGGCAGGGAUGCAGAUGGCCCAGGAGGCGGCGGGACGGUGGGGGAGAACGGCCCCAGGCUGGCGCGAUGGGAGACCAACCGGCUGGGGCUGAACCACUUUAAAGGUUCCCUGGAGUCCCUGGCCUCACGGGACUGGGACACUACGUCUGACAGGUUGUUGAACAACGCCAUCGCCUGGACAAAACACAGAUUUAAGUGGGGUGUUGAGAGCCCUCCCAGAGUGUUCAACAGUCCAUACGCCACGACUUCCUCCAUGGAUUACAACCCCAUGUACCGAAUGUCUGAAUUCAAGGUAACAGGCGGACUGUCUCCUGCCACUUCAGAGAUGAACCUGUACAGCUUCAACAGCCGCAGCACCAGUCCAGUGAGCCUGCCCACGCCAACCCUCGCCUCUUCCCGCCCCCGAUUCUCUGCCUACGACACUCUGAGGAGGAGGAACGAGGUCACCAACACUGUGUUACCCACCACCACCCACUACAGCAUGCGCUCUGCCACUCUGGGAGCACCAAAUAAGAAAGACUACAUAGAAGAGUUGACCAAACAGAUGGACGUCCUCCAGAAGCGUAACCAGUUCCUGGAGGCAGAGAGUGUGGAGAUGGAGAAGGAGAGGAAUCAGAUAAGGUUUGAGAUGCGCGGCCUGCUGGUGAACAACGAGGACCUGCUGAGGACCAACACUCAGCUGAACAACGAGAUGAAGAGGAUGAGAGAGCAGAUGAUAGAGAUGGAGAGAGAGAACCAGGCGAUGGGGGAGAGAUGCAGAGAGAUGGAGAUUGAGGUGAAGGAAGCCCGGGACAUGAUGGUGGAGGCCAACACUCAGGAAUACGCCUUCAAUUUUCUCCAGCAGUCUCUCAAGAACAAGAUCCAGGAUGCUGAGGACAACCUGGAGAAGCAGACGCAGCACGCCCAGACUCUGUCUGAGAAGCUGUGGCUGGCAGAGAGACAGCUGGAGGAGCUGGAGGUGGACAGAGACACCAGAGACAAGAGGACAUCUGAGAUGAACGCAACCAUCCUCAGACUGGAGACAGAGCUAGGUGAAGCCGUGCAGGCAUCCACACAGGCUUCAGCAGAGCUGAAUCUGCACCAGAAGCUGCGUGAAGACAGCCAGAUGAGAGUGGAGGAGCUGGAGGAGUCUCUGCUGGAGAAGGAGCAGGAGCUGCAGAAAAUGCAGCUCCUCGUCAACAGACUGCAGGGAGAGGUCUCCGGUAAGCUGAUUGAUAAGGAGCGGACGCUGGAAGAGGAGAUCCAGCUGAGAGAGAGGAUACAGCUACAGUGUAAACAGGCUGAAAGGAUGGUGGACGACCUCCAGAUGGAGCUGCAGAGCACCAACCAGACCAAAGAGGACCUGGCCAAACAAGUCAAACAGGCUCAGGAGAAGAUGAUCGACAUGGAGAGCGACCUGGAGGAGCUGCAUGACAGCGAGCAAAGAUGGGCUGCCAAACACAAGAGAGCUAUCGAACAGACCGAGCAGCUGCAGCUGAAGUUGCUCCAGGAGAAAGACCUGAACGACCAGCUGGAAAGUGAGAAGGCCUCCAUGGAGAGACAGCUGCGUGAGAUGCGUCUGGAGGUGGAGGAGCUUCAAAGCUCCAGAGUGCAGGAGGAUGUUGUCUCCAGGGCGGAAAGCAAAGUCAAAGAGCUGGAGAACAUCCUGAGGACCGAGGAGAGGAACAAGUCUGUUCUGACAAACACCAUCAGUAAACUGGAGAGGAGGAUCAACGAUCUGACCGAUCAGAUGGAGGAGGAGCACAGGAUAGCUACUGAGCAGAAAGACCUGAUCACCCAGAGGAUGCGCUCUCUGAAGCGUCAGUUGAACGAGGCAGAGGAGGAGGCGAGCAGGAGAGAGGCACAGUACCGCCACACCCAGAGAGAGCUGGCAGAGGAGAGGGAGACGAACAGCCGGCUGCAGAGGCAGCUGCUCGACCAGCACCUGCAGACAAAGCGUAAGGAGACUCUGACCAUCCGCCAGACUCUGGAUAACCUGAAGUUGGACCUGAGUGUUGACGACGAAGACGAAGAUUAUCAGCUGCCACAAACAAACGUCUCCAAAGUCUGAACCCUCACACUCCACACGCCAUGCUACAUCUCUACAAUGACUUAGUGUAUGGUGGCAUUUUCUAAACCUGCCCCCACGUUAUCACAGUAAGAGGCAGGAGACUAAAUUCAUUCUUCCAAAAAAGGGAAAGGAUAAGCUGCAUUUGACGAAACCCACAAGUCCACUGGGAUCCUUUAUUUACCACUGUUGUGUUAUGUGAAAUUUCCUAGAGUUUGUCAUGGAAAGAACCAUGUAAUCAAGUACUAAUAAUACGUAAUGUGUUGAAUUAUACUGUUUAAACUUGUACACCAAUUUGAAAUAAUUGCAUAAUUAGCUUAGCUCUUAUUCAAAGGAAAUGUUUCUUUACAGGAAACUUCUCAGUAAAAUGUUAGGAAAUUAGAGACCUGACAUAUUUAUCGCCCUCCCCUGACGACUAGCAGGAAUUACAACCAUUUACAGUGCAGAGCGAAGCUCCUGGUGGGCUCACAGCCUCACUGUCAGUGUGACAGACACAAAGAUUAGCCUGUCAACAAUGAAGUGAAAUGCCUGUUUCCUGCUUUUCUAUUACACAGAAUAUUUAACAGAAUAAUUGUCUACUUGUUUGCCAAAGGAACUAGGUGCAGAGAGAUGCUGACAAACAUAAAGGGAAAACUCACUAGUGGACAGUGAGGGGAAAAAGUGCCUUUAAAGAACUUUAAACAGCCUGAAGUACAUUUUGGAGUGUGGAAGCUUCAAGGUCUUUAAGUGAGUGCACUCUUAUGACUCUGACAGGACUCAUUUAGAUUUGUUUUUUUUUAAUUAAUAUAAAGUUAUCUGGUGGAGCUUUGCUGAUUUUUCUUUCACACAGAGGGAUUAUCCAUGUUAGAGGCUGUUGAGUUUACUAUGUUUUACACAUUCACCUGCAGUAUUUGGACAUAUUUCAUGGUGGUUGACACAUAACUGCAGAGGAGGGAUCUCCGGAUGUGACACGCAGAAACAAUUAAGAGAUUAUUUAUAUUGAACAAUUUUUUUUAAUGUUUUUAUCAUCUGAAGAUUGCUAAUUCUGUAUUUGUAAUUGUUUGUGGGGCAAAACGUAUGAUUUUAGAGAAUGAAAUGUAUGAUUUUUUUUAAGUUCAGUUUCAGGUAUUUUAGGGGUUCUGCUGCUGUAUUAAUGUAAUGUACUGUGCCUUCCACUUACAGUAUCUGUUUGUGAGAUAAGAUUUAAGGGGUAGGAUUUUUAGUGUCAGUGAAGAUGACCAAAAAAGCACACUUUACACUUGUUAUCCAGAUUGAAUCAAACCACACAAAAAAUUACUGAAUAUAGUUUCUAUAUCUUUAAAAGUGAAUCAACUGAGAGGUUUCAACUAUCAAAAGAAACAUAAAUGUCUAAAUAUAUUUUAGAUCUAAGAUGUGUGUUAAUGCAGUAAGUGGAAGAGGCAAAAAAGAAUAAAAUAAUAGAUUGUGUUAAAAAAUGUAAAAAUGUGUAAAAUGUUCUCUGUGCUCUUAUUUUGGAGGGGACAACUAUGUGCAAAGAAAAAAAAAACAAGGCUGGGUUGUUAAAUUCAAAUCAGUAGAAAAUGAUUCAAGAUUAGUCCAUUAAUACUUUAAUUUGACCCACUUCCUGCUUCUGAUUGUGAGUAAACUGAUCCCAGCCCUGUUCUAACAAUUCUUUGUAUGUGUAAGACUAAUAUUCAGAUACUGUUUGGAUUCUCUGUUAUGUUUACAUUUGUUGGUGUAUUUUGCUUUUUUGGAAACAGGAUCAUACAUUACAUGAAAGAGUUUGAUUUUUCAGCUGAUGGGAAUGUGUGCUACACAUGACUAGUGUUUGUUUUUGUAGGUUUGUCAUUCUCAUGACAAAGGCAACGGUGUCUACGGAUGUGUAAAAAGGAAUAGAUUUCAUUGACUUAUUUUUGUAACUGAACUUCACAUUCUACUGGUUCUGCUGUUCUCAGGUAUUUAUUUUUCACAUUGUCUGUUUGGUGAGAAGUUUCUUUGUACGAAAUAAAAAUAAAUUCUUCUCCACUGUGAA